AUGCCACCAAAUCAGAAGCAGGCCACACUGGAGUUUUACCGAUCGCUGAAUCGUAAGCUUUCAAGGCUGCAGCUUGAUGCAGUUGCUAACAACCGGUUAAAGCUUUGGCUUCGGUCGCAAUUUAGAGAUACUUCAACACCAUUGUAUCGUAAACUUCAGGAGGGAAAGCGCUUUGACCUCACUUUAGAUAGCUCCCUGAACGGUCACUACAAAUCGGGUGUCAAAUUACUGCGGAUGGCCUACUAUGAUUUGAUCUCUUUUGAUGUACGAGCACCAAAAUGGCUGUCCGAUUUUGCCAGAGCUAAAGUUUACUCUGGGGCUCAAAAAGACCGAUUUAUCAACGAAUACGCAGGCAUACUAAAGGAAACACAUGAUGUUCACGAUUUUAAAAGUAUCCCAGGAUUGGUAGACAAGUAUAUGACUAACUUGCGACUAUCGGAGACAAAGUCUCUUCCUACAAAUCAUAGCAUUACAGAUAUUUUGAACGGUGUCAAACCGGCAGUCCGAAACACAGCCCAUGCAUCCAAAAACCACCUAUCUUCCCUGUUCAGUCAGUUGCGAACACAAUACAAACUCCAUAUAGACUAUGACUGGGCGUUACCGCGACUAAACGUCAAAUUGUCCCCAAAUUCAGCAGGCCUACCACUCUCACCAUCAGUGAGAAGAAAUAAGAUUUUAGCGAAGUUGCUUCAAAUAAAGCGCUUCAUCAAUGAGUACCCUCCGAUAAAGAUGGAAGAUAUGGAGCACUUGAACAAAUUCGUCAAAUCUGAGACAUUUGACAAUCAUCCAAUGAGCUUUGCUUACAGGAGGUUUACGCGAGACUCGUUUGCUUUGACUGAAAACGUAAAGUUCAGAUUGUCGAAGAUUAGAGACGUUUCAAUUCCACCGCCGAAAGACCUCUUUAGCUACUAUGUGAAUGUGAAAUAG